AUGUCCACCAUAAAACAAGAAAAAAUACGGCCAGCAAUGUUACAGCUUGUAAUCCUUGCGUACAUCCUAUCCAUCCUAACAUACAACUACGAGCACACAUACACCAACAUACUCCCACUCACUCAUUUGCACCUUACGCGUAACCCCGUCCUGAUACGUCGUAUAACGCCACAAAUCGUUCUCUCCUCAUACAAUCAGGACGAAAACAGCCUGGACGAGGAGAGUGACGUCCAGAACGAAACGAAGGAUAAGGGAGGCUUCAUGAGGAAGAUGAAGAAGAUGAUGGGUGAGUUUGUGGAGGGCAUAACGAUCGGAAAGGUGCUGCUCUUUGGAUUUGUGGUUGUUAUCUCUGUGUUGAUAGGCUAUCAAAUACGAAAGAGAGAGGAACAGAGCAACUAUGUGCGACUGCCCAAUGCAGAAUAAGUAAUCCUAGAAUUCCAGAGUGAUUAAAUAAACAUUUAGUUAGGAA